CAAACUGGUCGAACGAGUUGGGGUGUAUGCUGUCUGCACGCCUUGGCCAAUGGAACCAGAUCCUCCCUGCAGUGCGUAAGAGCGCAAUUUAGGAUUUAACCAAGUCUUUGCUGAGGGGCUGGCAGAAGUUCGAGAGACCACGUCGGCGUAAGCACACAUCACACAAUGCAAGUGUAGUCUUCAGUCAGUCUUCAGACGUCUCAUUGGAGUUAGACAGCCAUUUAACGUUGCUGCUUUCGAACUAUGACUGGAGUAUUCGACCGAAGGAUUCCGAGUUUCAAACCUUCCGACUUCCAGAACCCUUUUCAGCUUUCCACCACCAUGCACCACCCGUCUCAGGAAUCCCCUACGCUUCCCGAGUCUACGGCCACGGAUUCUGGCUACUAUAGCCCCGCUGGAGCAGUGCACCAUGGCUAUUGUUCGCCUAAUUCCACCUCGUAUGGGAAACCUCUCAAUGCCUAUCAGUACCAGUACCACGGCGUAAACGGAUCUGCAGGAAAUUACCCUGCAAAAACAUACCCAGACUACAGCGCAUACACAGCCUCUGCUUACCACCAAUAUGCUGGAACUUAUAGCAGAGUACAACCACAACCAUUAAGUCCGCAAGGUAAUUACAUAAUGUUUUAUUGUAUUUGUAUUAGGCUAUUAUUAAUAUUAUUAUUAUUAUUAUUAUUAUUAUUGAAUCAAGUUUGUGUUGUGUUCGAGCUCUCACACACAUUUUACAUGCGAGUAUUUCAACCUGACCUAGGCUAUUUUCUCAUCAUGGUACAAUUCUUGAAAUCAAUAUUGGUAAAGGGGCACAAAGUUUUCACCCAGGUUAUUCUGUAAAAAGGACGGACUUUUCCUUUACCCGUUAGAUUCUUUGCGAGACGCAUUGGCUUCAAUAUCGGCCUCUAAAUCGACAGAUGUCCUCUUGAUUUGAUCUCUCUGAAAUAGAUGGAAUAUCCAGGAAAUAUGACUGUGUUAUGCGAAUACUUUGUUAGUAUACCACAUAUAAAGUAAUUGAUUUCUUUCUUUCAGAAAAAGAAGUAGCAGAACCUGAAGUGAGGAUGGUAAACGGAAAGCCCAAGAAAGUCAGAAAACCACGGACAAUCUACUCCAGUUUUCAGCUCGCCGCCCUACAGCGGAGAUUUCAGAACACACAGUACCUCGCGCUGCCAGAGAGAGCAGAGCUCGCCGCUUCGUUGGGACUCACGCAAACGCAGGUAAAUGGGUUACUUUUCGCCAAUUUCAUUGUAUGUUCAGUUUCAUUCUGUUUAAAAAAAUGUUUAAUCUAAAUUAUCACUUGGUCCAUGUUGUUUACAUUCACCGGAAUUGUCAGUUCAAAUUUGCAUUGUGUUUACAAUAUACAUGUCAUGCGUAAAGUGUGCGUAAUGAACGAAAACACCUCACCCCAUUCUUGAAAAAUUAUCGAAAGCUUAAUUCGUAUGAAUACUUUUGUAUAAUGGCAUUUUGGGAUGUCAAUAUGCUUUUAUUUAUUAACUCACUUUGACAUAUUUCUCAUCCAUCCCCAGGUCAAAAUCUGGUUCCAGAACAAAAGGUCGAAACUGAAGAAAAUUAUGAAGAAUGGCGAGCUUCCACCAGAACACAGUCCGAGCUCCAGCGACCCUAUGGCAUGCAACUCUCCGCAGUCCCCCGCCGUCUGGGACACGCAUGGCCCAUCCAGGCCUCACAGCCACCAGGCACAGAACAUCAACUCCGCGGCUUCCACCUUUUUGGAAAACUCUGCGUCUUGGUACUCCACCGCUGGUGUCAUGAAUUCUCACCUCCAGGCCCCCAACUCGAUACAGCACUCUUUGGUUCUUGGAUCUGGGACGUUAUACUGAAACCCAGUUCAACAAAUAUUUACAUUGUAUUGGACUCGUGUUUAAAAUGUUCAGAGGAAUAUGCAAUGUAUUGAUGAAAGUCAUAGAAGAACGUGUAUAAUGUGUAAAUGUGUGCAUGUAAUUUAUUGCAUUUUGGAAGACUAAUUAAACGUUUUAAAUCGACAAUGGAACCCAGAGACUUUUAAUGGCGCCCUCCUGAAUUAUGACAGACUAAAAAAAUGGCCUACCUACAAAUCCUCCCUCAUGAUUAGGCCUAUAGACAGGCUAUUCGCACUGAAAAUCAAUGACUCCGUAACAUUACAAAAUUAGCCCACAUUCUGAGACACUUUAAAUCCAUGCACAGAUCAAACUUGCCUGGACUGUCUGCGUGCCAUAUUUGGUCAGUUGUGCACAUUUGUGAUUCACUUUCAACAUUAAUUUGGGCACAGAUCUAUCAACAAGGAGAUGGUAUAAUGAGCUUAGGCUAUAGGCCUACAAUUAGGCAAUUUUAGAUUUUCAACAAGCGCGGAAUUCUCAGGGGGAGUUACCUGCUGGUAUGCCAAAAGGUUAGGCUAGAUUUGUUUCGUGUCAUGUCAUGUAGUUAUUCAUGUUUAGUACUACAAC